AUGUCUUCCUCUUCUGGCAAUUCUUUCCCGCCGACAUACAACGGCGUCUGGAACAGCAACCAACGUUUCCAGCCCAUGUUGUUUACCAAUGCUUACCAGGGCCCCUAUCUCACCAGCCCGCAGCAGCAAUACUGGGGGAAUCAAAACAUAAUGCAAUGGAUCCCGCGGCCUGCCUCGGGCGGUUGGAGCCCCAUCUACCCUCCCAGCUACUACACCCGGAGGUACUAG